GAGAAACGUUAGCCGGUUAGCUUCGUUAGCAAGCAAAAAAAUGUUUUGCUUUUAAAACGGUUAAUUAAUUGGAUAAUAGAGGACUUUAUGUGAGAACUAUUCUAGCCGAAGAGGACGGGAGAGAAAAGAUGACUGGGGAAAGUGAGUUGGCGAUAAAAGAGGCGUUUCAACGUGCUCAGAAAGGACACAACAACAAGGCUAAACUGGUGGCCAGUCUCAAGAACACAUACAACAAGUUAGAGGACAAGACAUUGUUCCACGAGGAGUUUAUCCAGUACCUGAAACAUGCCAUGAUCGUGUACAAGAGAGAACCGGCUGUGGAGAACGUGAUAGAGUUCGUCUCCAAAUUCUCCACCAGCUUCCAUACGCCUUCCGCCGAGGGAGGAGAGGAGGAGGAUGAAGAAGAGGACGAGAACCCCUUCCUCAGUUACAUGUUCAACUUCCUGUUGGAGUCCCACAAGGCCAACAGCCACGCGGUGAGGUUCCGUGUGUGUCAGCUGAUCAACAAGUUGCUAGGCAGCAUGGCGGAGAACGCCCAGAUCGAUGAUGACCUGUUUGACGGUAUCCACCAGGCCAUGUUGGUCCGAGUCACGGACAAGUUCCCCAACGUCAGGAUCCAGGCCUCUCUGGCCAUGGCUCGACUACAGGAACCACAGAACCACCAAUGUCCCACUGUUAAUGCCUAUCUGUUGAUCUUGGAGAAUGAUUCCAACCCGGAGGUUCGUCGAGCCGUUCUGUCCUGCAUCGCCCCCUCCUCUCUCACCCUCCCCAAGAUCCUGAAACGUACCAGGGACGUCAAGGAGAGUGUCCGCAAACUGGCUUACCAGGUCCUGUCAGACAAGGUCCACAUCAGAGCUCUGAGUAUCGCCCAGAGAGUCAGUCUGCUGCAGCAGGGUCUCCACGAUGCCGCAGAAUCGGUGAGGGAGGUGGUGCAGGUCCGUCUCCUCCCAGCCUGGCUGAAUCUUCUCCAGGGUGAUGUGUUGGAGCUGUUACACAAACUGGAUGUAGAGAACUGCUCUCAGACCGCCCUGGACACACUGACCGCUCUGUUCACACACACACCUCAGGACCAGCUGCUCCACCACCGCCUUCAGCUGGACGACAGGUACACACACACACACACCGCCCUGGACACACUGACCGCUCUGUUCACACACACACCUCAGGACCAGCUGCUCCACCACCGCCUUCAGCUGGACGACAGGAUGCUGGUCCCGGCUGGGUCUCUGUCCUGUGAGAGCGUGUUGUACUGGAGAGCUCUGUGUGAGUUCGUUAAGACUAAAGGGGAUGAAGGAGAGGAGAUGUUGGAGAAGCUGCUGCCCGAGGCUGCUACCUUCGCUGAAUACCUCUAUGGAUAUGUGAAGGGCCUGCCAGUGCUGUCUGCCAACCAGAGAAACAUUGCUACUAGGUAUGUGAAGUGUGUCCCAGUGCUGUCUGAAGAGCAGAAAGGAGACUUUGCUCAGCUGGAGCUGGUGAUGACUAAAGAGUUCAUCUCUCAACAACUCAUCCACCUCACCGGCUGUCUGGAUACCAAUGAAGAGGGAGGAAGGAAGCGUGUGGUGGCUGUGUUACAGGAGAUGCUGGUCCUACCUCAGACUCCUCCCUCUCUGGUCUCUCUGCUGACGGAGAAACUACUGACCCUGAUACCUGACGACCACAGACGCAUUCAGACCGUGGCGGAGGUGAUCUCGGAGGUGCGUGAGCCCAUCGUCAUCAGACAGCCACUGGAUGAGAACGAGAACCGCAGGAAACAAGUUAAGCUAGCGGAGGUGAAAGUUGGUAUCCUGGAAGCUAAACAGGCCUUAGAGGAGUGUAUCAGUAACCAGGAGUUCAACAGAGCAGCGGAGCUGAAGGACUCUAUAACUGACCUGGAGAACCUGAGGAACAACAUCCUGCAGGAGGAGAACACACAGCAGGACGACAAGGAGACAGAGACACGCAUGGAGAAGACUGACCCAGAGACUCUCCUGCGCUGUCUGACCAUGUGUGUUGAGCUGCUGAAACAGAUGAACAUCAAGACGAGGAUCGGUCCCACCAUGUCAGCUAUCCUCUCCUCUCUGAUCCUGCCCAGUAUAUCCAACGCCCAGCCAGCGGUGAGGAACAUGGCAGUCGUGUGUUUGGGGACGUGUGCUCUGCACAGCAAAGACCUGGUCAACACACAUCUGGUGCUGCUGCUGCAGAUCGCCCAGCUGGAUGAGGCUAAGAUCCGUAUCAGCGCUCUGAGGUCAGUCAUCGACCUGCUGCUGCUCUACGGCUUCACACUGCUGUCUGAACGCCCCAGCGUCGCCCCCCAGACCUCCCAUUCGCCAGCCAACCAGGAAGACCAGGAGAAGGGGGAGGAGCCAGAGGAGGGGAGCAGCACCGCUCAGUCCAUCCUGAUGAUGCUGUCCGACUUCCUGGACAGCGAGGUAUCUGAGCUGCGUACCGAGACAGCGGAGGGUCUGGCCAAACUGAUGUAUUCCGGCCGGAUCUCCAGUGCCAAGCUCCUCUCCCGAUUGGUGUUGCUAUGGUACAACCCCGUCACCGAGGACGACACCAGACUACGCCACUGCCUCGGAGUGUUCUUCCAGCUGUACGCCCGGGAGAGCAGGGCCCACCAGGAGUGUGUGGAGGAGUGCUUCCUGCCCACCCUCCAGACCCUGCUGAAUGCUCCGGCUACGUCUCCAUUGGCCGAGGUGGACGUCACCAACGUAGCAGAGCUGCUGGUGGAGCUGACACGGCCCAGCUCUCUCAUAAAGCCUGGAGACACACAGGAGGUGUGUGUCCAUGACUACCUGGCAGUGCGUGUGUGUGGUGAGAUGCUGAAGGACCCGUCAGCUCCCGAAGUCCGUCUCUACGCCAAAGUACUGAACAGUCUGGAGCUCAGUGCUGACGGCAACACGACUAGAGACCUGGUGACCCUGUUACAACAGGUUACACAGGAGGUGAAGGAUCGUAUCGCUCUGCGUGCUGUGGAGAAGCUGAUUGGACAACUGCAGGACUCCAACAACCAACCAGAUCUCAGCACUACGACAUUACAGCCUGUAGAUGUCAACACUGAGGAGGCUGCCAACCAGGACCUGGACCAGUCUGCCAAGAGGCCCAGGAGAGGUCAGAGGAAACCCUCCACAGCCAAAGGAGCCAAGAAGUCCAGCAGAUCGGCAGAGUCCUCCGAGGAGAGUGAUGGGGAGAAUGUUCCAGACUCGGUGCCGGUACCCCGUCCAUCCCGCCGGGCCAAGACGGCAGCUUUGGACAAAACCAGACUGGACCUCAGUGCCCUCAUCAACCAGGAGGCCAACACCUCAUAGAGUCCCAUGACAGAUAGGGUAGAGAGGUCAGAGGUCAGGUUGCGUGUUAGCUGCCUAGUGUAAUCAGUAAUGUAUCAGAGUAGUGGACAUGUAGAUCAACAGGUUUAGAGACAGAAGGAAUUCCUAUCAUCAACCUGAAUGAAAAAUGUGAUUUUAUUGGAUUAAAUAAACUAUUAAACUUCC